CACUCCGCGUCUCGGUCCCUCGCCGGCUCGCCGCUCGCAUUCGCCGUCGCCAUUUGUUCCUCCUUCGCGCCCGCCCGCUCAAAAGGAGUUUUCCCCCAAGGAAAAUCCCCCCGUCUGCCUCACUGCCCUCGCCGGACGCCGAGCAUGGUGGAGGAGCAGAUGGAGGAGGCAUCCACGGCCCCGGCGGCGGCCACGCCGUUCCAGCUCCAGUUCGACAAGCCCAUCCCGUUCCAGAUAAAAUUGGCAGAAUGGAAUCCAGAGAAGGAUCUGCUUGCUAUGGUUACUGAUGACUCCAAGGUUAUCCUCCAUCGCUUCAAUUGGCAAAGGCUAUGGACAAUCUCUCCUGGGAAGUGCAUCACAUCAAUUUGUUGGAGCCCUGAUGGUAAAAUAAUAGCACUUGGCACAGAAGAUGGUUUGGUUCUUUUGCAUGACGUGGAGAAUGGGAAGAUGCUAAGAACUACAAAAUCCCACGAUGUUGCCAUUGUAUGUUUGAAUUGGGCAGAAGACGAUCCACUGUCAAGGCCUGAGAAGGAUGAGUUUUUAUCCUAUGAAGACCGCACCACACGUUUCUUUCCUCCUGCUCCUGUGAUGCCUAGGGUAGGUGGACUAAGUUCGGGAGAUACUGGUCUUGCGGAUGAGAACGAAGAGGCUAUUCCAGAAUUUUUUAGUGCUUCCUGUCAGCGUUUUAACAUUCUGUGCAGUGGUGGCAAAGAUGGUUGUGUUUGCUUCAGCAUUUUCGGAAUAUUUCCUGUUGGAAAGAUAAACAUAACUAAAAUCCCAAUCAAUGUUGGAUCCUCUGGAAAGAGUUACCAACUCCAGGAUGCUUCAGUCAGCGAGGUCUCUUUAUCAAGAAACCUCCAAAAAUUGGUUCUUCUGUGCUUCGGAAAGUUGGUUGACACCGACAACCUUUCUCACAGCUGCGGAAGUUCUGGAUUACAUUGUCUCUACCUAGAUACUUCUAUCUUCUUCAACCGAAAAAAUGAGCUGCAUCAGGUGUCCCAACAAGCAUCAAGUAUUCAAGAUCUGGUCGAAGUUGUCCGUGCUUCUGUAUCUUUAAUAUCCAAACAAUGGUCAAACGCCAUGGGUUUAUUUCGUGUGCAAUUUAGUGCCUUGCCCAAUCUGAUAUCUGCACAUGGAGUGGAAUCUACUUCUGAGGAUGAGUUUCUGAGCCUUUUGUUUGGAACACGAACAAGUCCAGCACUCCACCAAUUUUUAGCUAGUUCACUUGGUGAAGCGGGUCUCAAGAGGAUAGCCAAGGCUGUUGACAGUGCUGGAAGAGAUAUUCGUGGCAUUAUCACUGAGCAUCUUCAGCCUGCAGUGGAGAUGAUUUCAUUUAGACUCUCAGAAUUAAGAGGCCUUGCAAGAUGGCGUUCACGAUUUCAAAUUAUCGGGUUAGAUGAAAAGCUUAUUGAUGGUGUAACUGAGAGUAUAGGGAUGUUAGUUGUUCAAGUUGAGCGCUUUUCAAGGGUUGCAGCUACUGUUGUUUAUCUGUUUCAAAAUUUCUUCGCCUGGGUUUUAAAGUCCGUCAAAAUAUUAUUAAAUGAACCUACCGACCAAGUUCCAGCAGCAAACAGUGAACUUGUGGUGAUUUUUCUUAAGUUCCUUCUUGAUAAGGAUCCAAUCAAACAGCUACUUGAAGCAGAUGAGAUAAUUGAGUGUGAUAUGGAUACUGCAAGACAUGUAGAGCAACUAGUUGUUUUUGGAGGAUUUACAGACACUCAAUUUUUGGAAAAGAGUUUAGUAAAACAAUUCAAUGAAUUGGAAGAUAGCUUGAAGGAGGCUUUCUUGAUGCCAUUUACCACUAUCUCUUCACAGAUACAAUGUCAAGGAUUGCUUCCUUUAUACCCUGUUACAUCAUCAGUUAACUUGUCAUCAUCCUGCACGCCAACAUCAAUAUCAUUUUAUAAGGAUGAAGAUUCACCGCAUGGGGAAUCCUCCUAUAGCUUAACUGACUAUGUGUGCUUCAAGAUACCUGAUGGAUCAUUAAAUAAAAGAAAUUGCAUCGGUGUGAUAAAGGACUCUGGUAACUGUUGUACUGCCCUCAGCAUGGCGUCACUUUCAGGUUUUCUGUUGCAUAUACCUGAUGAAUAUGAGUGUGUUGACCUGUCACUUUAUAAGGACAACCAGGUAGUUUUACUACUGAGUGAAACAUCUUGUUCUGAUAGCCCUGGAAAAUCUUGGAUGGUGAUGCUGCAGACAGAGAACUUUUCCUUUAUGCCACUCUCAGGAACAUUCCCUGCAAAUAUUUACAGUUUGCAAAAACUGGUGGCAUUGGAUCUGCAAUUGGACGCAGAUUACGGGAAAGUUCGUAGCAUACCUCACACCGUAUCUACUCCACUUGCAGUCAGUGCAUCAAGAGGAGUAGCCUGUGUCUUUUCAUCUCGGAGGCAUGCGUUGGUUUAUAUCCUUGAUGAGGAUGAGGAAGAGGAGGGGGAUGAAAUUUCUGAUAUGGAGUGAUUAUUAUCCAAUUCCUUCACCGUCAGCUCGUGAAAAUAAUUCGGCUUCAGCAUUGAUCGUCUUGUUGCGCUGGAUGCAGAAGCCGGCAGAUAGCAAUAUGUACGGAAACGUUGUCUCGUUUUCACGGCAAAGCAGCGUAUGCUCGGGUUCUGAAGCUACGUUCCGUGGUAACAAGUCAUCAUGCGCAACGGUUUUUAGAGCUCAUGAAAUCGUCAACCAGAUGUGUGGGCCCUACAAAUUGGGCUUCAUCGUGGUUGCGCGGAAAGUGGGCAAAAUGGAAAAUGGUGUCACGAUAGUCACCCUUCAGCGUUCAUCCGUUUCUGAUCGUGUUGUGUUAUAAUGAGUACGUGCAAAAGGGUGUCUUAAAUAUUGAUGGUUACUAGGCCUGAUAUGUAGAAAGAAGACGUUUUUAUGUGGAUUCAUUCUUUUAGCGUUCGAGCUGCUACUGUACUUGGUAGAGAGUACGUGUUGAUUAAA